AGUCUUUUUUCGCCGGCCGUGUUCCCACCGAGAGCGUCAUGGCACCCACAUCUGGCGAUAGCUCCGAAUCGGACUACCGCAGACCGCCAGAAACUAGAAUCGGCGCUGAGAAAUUGUGGGUGGAUACGGAUGGGAUUUGUCGAAUUCGCUCAUCGAGCGAGAAGAUAUAAAGUCUCUGCGCAAGUCUCAUCAGUCGUGGCGAAAUAUCCCAUCGACGAGUUCUCUCAGACCCGCUCACCUCACUCACAUUUCCCGCUAAAGAAAAUCCUUUUACAAUGGCAACCGACUAUACUUUCCAGGGCUGGCUGGGCCUCUCGCCUGAAGCCGUCAAGGGCAAGAUGGAAUGGGGCAGCUUCGAGCCCAAGAAGUGGCAGGAGGACGAUGUCGAUAUCCAAAUCACCCACUGCGGCGUGUGCGGCUCCGACGCCCACACGCUGAGCUCGGGGUGGAAGGAGACUAUCUACCCAUGCUGCGUGGGCCAUGAAAUCGUCGGCAAGGCCGUCCGCGUCGGUAGCAACGUCAAGAACAUCAGCGUCGGCGACCGCGUCGGAGUCGGCGCCCAGGCCCGGAGCUGUCUGCAGCCCGACUGCCCGGACUGCACGCGCGGCCGGGAGAACUACUGCGCGCGCCAGCACGUCGGCACGUACGCCGCCAAGUACCCCAACGACGAGGGCAUCUCGUACGGCGGCUACGCCGACUACAACCGCACCAACUCGCGCUUCGUCAUCAAGAUCCCCGAGGGCCUGGCGUCGGAGGAUGCCGCGCCCCUGCUGUGCGGCGGCGUCACCAUGUACUCGCCGCUCCGCCAGAACGGCUGCGGGCCCGGCAAGCGGGUCGGCAUCAUCGGCGUCGGCGGCCUGGGCCACUUCGGCGUGCUCUUCGCCAAGGCUCUCGGCGCGGACAAGGUCGUGGGCAUCUCUCGCCGGGCGUCCAAGAGGGAUGAGGUGCUGGCGCUCGGCGCGGACCAGUAUAUUGCCACGGCCGACGAUGAGAACUGGGCCAAGGAGAAUGCGCGGUCGCUGGACAUUAUCAUCUGCACCGCCUCCAGCGCCAACAUGCCUCUCACCGACUAUCUGGGCCUUCUCGACGUCGGCGGCCACUUCACUCAAGUCGGUCUUCCCGACGGCGGCAACCUGCCCCCAAUCAACGUCUUCACUCUGAUAAGGAGCAACAUCAGCAUCGGCAGCAGCCUCAUUGGAUCGCCCAGCGAGAUUGAGGAGAUGCUCCAGCUGGCCGUCGACAAGCAGAUCAAGCCGUGGGUCGAGACGCGGCCGAUGGAGGAGGCCAACCAGGCCAUUGUGGACCUCGAGGCGGGUAAGCCCAGGUACCGAUACGUGCUGGUCAACGGCAAGCAUAUCGAGUAGGCGCUGCGUGUGUCGGUUGGGAUGGAUGUAUAUUAGAGCUACGAAUGACGGUCGUGUAAAGUAAAAUUAAGAAUAGAGAUGAUGAUGAUGAGAGAUAAAAGGAUGGU